CAAGAGAGCCACCAAACUCUGUACACCCAUCAAGUAAUCAGAGAAGCUUUCCGCCGCGUUUGCAAGAUAUCCUGACCUCGUUAUGUGUAUUUUCCUCGAGGGAAGGCUUGAAAAUGGAAGAUGUAAUGAACGUCAGUUUUUCAGACACCUUCUUGCGGUUCUUUGCGCACAGCUCUGGGUAUUGGCCAGGUUUGAUCAAGGCCACGACAAAUGAGUUUCGACUAAAUGAAGUGGUGACUCUGACGAACUUCCAGGCAAACAACGGCUCACGGUUUGACUUGCAGAUAAUUCUCCUUGUGCUUAGCUUGCACAGCGGAGCCUCAAAGCUGCAAAAAGAGUCUUUCAUGACUGCAAUCAAUAAGACCUCUACAGGGAUUGUGAAACUUAUUCAAAAAGAAAAUAAAGAUACAGUUGUCAUAAACAAAACAAAGCCAGUUCUUUUGAAUAUCUUAGGAGCGAUGUAUCGCGGCUUAGGGUAUCCUUACCGAUCGAAGGACCUUCAUGAGCUCGCAUUUAAUUUUUAUCGCACAAAUUUCACAAGCAACAGCAAACGAGAACACAAUACAAGCAGCGAUGACGACAAAGAGGUUUCCUUAGGCAAGGCAAGCACGCUACAUAAACUCGGAAUCGUUUACCGUUACUUAGGUAACCUAGCUAUUGCUCAGUCUGCGCAUGAAUGGUCGCUAAGGUUACUAGAGAGGUUACUCGGAGACCACCGUGUAUACAUUUCAGGCUCACUUCUUAACUUAGCAGUAGUUUAUAGCCACCUUGGGAAGUACCAAGAUGCACUGCAGUUGCAUAAUCGCUCACUGAUCAUGCUGCAAGAGAUAUAUGGCCCAAGUCACGCAAGGGUUGGGAGGCUUUACACCACUAUUGGAACUGUCCAUUAUAGGCUUGGAGACUUCAGUAACGCCAUACACCACACAGAACGUGGAUUGCAAAUACUUGAGGACUUUCACGGAGAGUUGCACCCUCACGUGGCCGAGGCACUGAAUUUUCUCGGAUUUAUGUAUAGAGACCAAGGAAAUUUAAGCAAGGCUAAGAUGGUUCUGGAACGCUCCUUGUCUAUCAAAGAAAAAGUGUUUGAUUCGGAGCACUUUAUACUUGGCGAGGCUUUAAAUGAUCCAAGGGUAGUGUACACUCGCUUGAAUGAAGGUAAAAAAGCCAAGAUGGUCUUACAAAGAGCUUUGCAUAUCUUCAAUCGCACCUGGGGCGAACGGCAUGCUGCAGUUGCGACGGCAAUGAACAGUUUAGGAGCCGCUCACAGCGCCUUGGGGGAGCUCAAACAGGCGAUUUUUUUACACAAGAGAGCCCUAAACAUCCUCCUUCGAAAGGACACGAGUGCCAACUUGGAGCACUUGAUCGCAGAGACAAGACAGCUCCUUGGCAACGCUUACUUAGCAACAGGAAGUCUCGAAGAUGCAAAAGACAUGUAUCGACUUUCGUACACAGGAUUUACUAAAAUUUACGAUUCAUAUCACUGGAGAGUUCAAAGUGUUUUGAAGAGCCUCAACUCUUUAGGGCAUGUUUUAAACAAAUCCUGUGCGACAAAAGCUUUCUAUUUUAUAAUUAGUUUAAGCGCUUUUUCUGCAAUCAUCCUAGGUAAAAAGGUUCAUCACACUAGAACAACUUAUUUAAGCGUAUAAAGUUAAGAAAGUUUCUAAAGAAGCUGUGGUGCUGCGUCGGUGGGGAAGUGUACCAAGGUCUAGUCAUUUUGUUUUUAU